AUGUUCAGAUGGCACGAAAACUAUCUCGGCCUCGGCCUCAGCCACGGCGAAGAACAUUACAUAGCGGCAACGCAUCGUGAUCAUCCUCAUGAGCAUAUCGUCGCUCGCGAUUUCAGAUUUUUGACUGUCGGUCCGAUGCGAUACGGGAUGAGAGUUGGUGCGGUCUCACCACCCCCGCCGGGAGUUGGGCCUCGAUAUCGCUCGCAUCAAAGCUGUUGGCCAACAACUCCUUGCGGCGACAGCGUCUGUGACAACGUUCCCGUCUCCGUUUCCCAGAUCCCUCUACUCACACCACCUAUUAAUAGCUUAGAUAUAAUUAGUUGCGCAAAUAGAAUGAGGAUAAACGAGGAUGCUACGUCAAAUAAACUGCUGGCUCAGCAGGCGUCAGCGACAGUGCGCGACCAUGUACUUUAUGGGAAUAAGUGUUCGUUAAAAACUCAAUUGAAACGUUGUGCCCUAGUGCGACCGCAAGUGUAUACGCGAUUAGGAGCUUACGGAGAAAUCGACGAAAUCAAGGAAGACAACACACUGGACCGUCUUCCUAGAUUCCGCUUCGGCGGAAACCGUACAUCUGCCGCUGAAAAAAGGAACAAUGAUCAUCACAGAUACAAAGAACUUACUGACAGAUUGAAAAGAGGUACUACGCCUGUGCCUCCACCCCGAACGAGACAUACGUCGAAAAUUACGCCGCCCUUGUCGCCCUCGUCUACCGUUGAAUCGUCCGAACCGUCGGAAAGGCAUAUCCCCUUACGAAGUGCUUCUUUUUCGCAAGUCGAUUAUUGUCCGGACGACAACAAGUAUGUGAGACGGAGACCGUCGACACAUCAGGAACAGGAAGGUGAUAUUUCGACUGUUAAAGAAGUAUCUACACUGCCAAGACCAAAGAAUGCAUCGAGACCCACAACUCCAACGAAACAAGAAUUACCAGUAUUUAAUAUAGAUUGCAGUUCGGAAGAUAUAAAAACAUUAAAUGUACUAACAGAAAAUUCUCGUGUUCCCGACGUCGAGAUAACACCAGGCUCUCCAGAAAAACCAACGGCGAGAUUACAAGAAAAUUCAACUAGUAGCCAAGACAAAAGAAAAGAUAAGUCGAGACGAAGAAAAGGUAUUUAUUUGUCCCAAUGGCCUAAUGCUUAUCAAUCUACCGAAGAUGUAAUACCGCAAUUUGUUCAAGAUGGUGAUUUUCCAUGUGCUAACUCGACAUCAAAAUUCAUCCAAGAGUCUCUCGUUGAAAUCAGUAAGUUGAGUAAUGCUGAUGAUAAAAAUAGAGAAUUUCCGAUAUGGAGUAGUCCUCAAGAAGAGCCUUUAAGUCCCGAGGAUAACACUCUUCCGCCGGAAUGGCCAGCCGUUUCAAAAUCAAGACUGUUGUCGCAAUCUCCCGAUGAGAAAGACUCUUUGAAGGUAACACCUCGAAGUAUAAAUCUGUUCCGAUCAGAUUCACUUUCAGAGGGCGAGCCAGAUUUGAAUAAAUCCGAUCAAAUUUCAUUGGUGACAUCUGAUUUAUCAGACACCGAAAGCAGGUUGAGCUUAAACGCGGAUACGACAAGCCCCAACGUACCCAGAAGAUACUCCAAACGACCUUUGAGAGGUCCGUACGGGCAAAUGCUGGAAGCCGAAAUGAAGAAACCGGAGGGCAGAAAAAACUUAAACAGUGAUCUAAAAUUUUUAGAGGACUUAUCGAUGUGCACUUCUUUAAACAAUUUAUCUAAAACGAAACACAGUAGGACUAGGGGUGCUGGCAAUUGUUCAUUAGACGAAACGAACGUUAAGGAUAAAAUUAAUAACAAUUCGAAUUCGAUAUCUCCGAAGCAAGUGAAUAAACGGAAAGUUAGUGCCGACAAUUUAAUAGUUCCUAACGAAAUAAUCGAUACAAAAUUCGUUGUUAAUCAUCAAAGAACUACUUCUAGCCCAUCGAAAUUAGAAGGAUUCACUAACACGGAAGUGAGCAGCGAGCUACUUGAACAGUUGCUAAGGGGGAGUUCCGAGCAAUUGUCUACUUCAGAGGCUAAUCAUCAAAUACAAAAGGAUACCAGAACACACGUGGUAUUCGAGCUGUACGAAAACGAAAAGUACUAUGUAGAGUCUCUCAGGAUUGUCGUAACGAAAUAUUUGGAACCCCUGAAAACCCCUGAAAAUGCGCACUUGCUCGACGCUAACCUUGUGGACGAAAUAUUUUACCAGAUUCCAUUUUUAUAUAAUCAUCACCAAGUUUUUUUGACUGAAUUGAAUGAAAGACUGGAACUAUGGGACAUAAAGCAAAAAAUUGGCGAUGUGUUUUUAGAAAUGUUUUCUAAAACUGCGGUGAUCGAUAGUUACACAAACUAUGUCAAUAACUGGAAACGUGCUAGAGAAACUUUGAAAAAUGCUCAACAAUCAAAACCGGCAUUCAGUAGAUUCUUAGAGGUCACUAGCAGACAGCACACCGGCAAAUUGGCGCUCGAUUCGCUCCUAAUCAAACCCAUACAGAAAUUUCCGAAAUACGAAUUGCUCCUGCAAAGGCUCAUCAAGCACACGGACGAAAACCACCCGGAUCACAGUCUACUUCUAGCGGCCCAACGGCAAAUCCACGAAUUGCUGCUGAAAAUAAAUUGCACCGAAAAGGAAGCCCUGGAGUUGGAGCAGCUCCGCGAAAUAGAAGGAUUGAUAGACGGACUAAUCGACCUGGCCAUCCCGGAGCGACAGUACCUCAGGCACGACUCCGUGACCAUGUCACACGGCGGCGGGCCGAGGAAAGAGCGAGCGCUCUUCCUCUUUUCCGAUCUCCUGCUGAUCACCGGGAUAAAGAGACGGAGCGGAACGAUACGGCGGCCUACAAUAUCCGGCCAAGGAAGCGUCACGAGCACCUUGGAAGCCAACAAAUACAAAUUACUCAUGAAAUUACCUCUCGAAGAAAUCGAAAUCAAUAAAUCCAAGGACGACAAUUUGAAGCAGAUCAUGAUAGAACUCGACAACUUAUCCGAAGACAUAUCCAUAUUGAAUCAAAUAAACGAACUGGCUUGGUCGUUGCACUACAAUCACAGCAAUUUGGACGAUUGCAUUAAGGAAAUGCUGACUUCUCUGAACAAGCAAUUGACCGAACAGCAGAAUUCCGAUUCCCAAUUAUCUUGUCUAGAUCUGACGAUAAACACUGCAAACGGUCCAGAAAAUGUAUCAAUUAUAUUUUCAAAGUCAGAAAAAAGAACAUCUUGGGAGGAAUCAUUCAGUGAAGCUAAGCACAAAUUGAUCACGUCAGGCGAUAGAAGACCUCUUCCAGAAUUGGUGGCUACCGUGCCGAUAAGGAAGACGAGAGCAGGCCUGCAAUUCACGUGCGCUGCUCCGACUUUAUGCGAGAACAGCCAAGAUGUUUGGGUGUGCAACAGUGACGGCUACGUGGGGCAAGUUUGCGUGCUGAGUUUGGCGCAGGAGCCGAACGUUACCUCCUGCAAUGGGGUAUGCAAUGCAAGAAUCCUGUGCAUUGCAUCGGUCCCGGGAAUUAACAGAACAACUUUAGAUAACGAAAUGAAAGUAAGGGUCGAGGUGGAGGAACACACGCAAAUACACUUCGACAGCAGCUCAUCCAGCGAUGAAGACGACAACUGUGAUAAUGAAAUUAACGAGGAACCCCAAAAAUUACAAGAUUCAGACAUCUGUAGUGUAGACAACGACGAAACCGAUAAUCAACAAUCAACGAUGUGGCUUGGUACCGAGGACGGGGCCAUACACAUAUACAAUUGCAGCGACAACAUUAGAAUUAAGAAAAACAAAGUCAAAUUACAACUUGGAGCUUCUAUAUUAUGUAUAAUAUAUUUGGAUAACAGGGUUUAUGCAUCUUUAGCUAACGGCGACAUCGUCAUAUACUUUAGAGAUAGCUUUGGUGCUUGGGACACAAACAGCCCUGCAACAUACACAAUUGGCUGCCCGAUUGCACCGGUAGCGAAAAUGGUACCGUGCAACGGGAAAUUGUGGUGCGCUUGCGGAAGUACCAUCAAAAUCAUCGACGUUCCAACGCUGGCGAUCGAAAACAUUUUCUCAGCGCACAACGACAAUAACAAGUCAAUUACGUUUUUAGUUUUAAGCGGCAACGGAGUGUGGUUGUCGAUUCAAAAUUCCGCUAUUCUCAAAUGUUAUCACGUUUUGAGCUUCGAUUUGUUGUACGAAGUGAACGUAGCUCCAUCAGUGACCAAAAUGUUGGCAAGUUGCGACGAUAUAAUCCGGCAGCACAAAGCGGCGUGUCUUCGCGUGACAGCUCUGGUUACGGCAAAGGACCUCCUUUGGGUCGGUACAUCAGCAGGAGUUGUAUUAAACAUGCCCCUGCCUCACAUUUCUACGACCACCACUAAGCUGGUGACCGUGCCGAAUGUAAACGGUGUACCUCACGGUCAUACAGGCAUCGUCAGGUUUUUAACCACCGUCGAAAUACCUUGCGCUGCGGGUGAAACGUCCCAGAGAAACUCCUUCAAAACGAAGCAGGACUCGAGGACUAACAUCAAAGUGCUAGUCAUUUCCGGCGGAGAUGGCUACGAGGACUUCCGGACUUCGAAUUUGUCAGAAGUAGCCGGACGAGAAGAUUCGACCAACCAUUUGCUGUUAUGGGACAUCUAG